GCUGAGAGUGCGCAUGCGCAGUGAGCGGAGAGCGGUGUCAGUACGGCGCCAUGCAGAAAUAUGAGAAACUGGAGAAAAUCGGGGAAGGUACAUAUGGUACGGUGUUUAAAGCUAAGAACCGUGAGACGCACGAGAUUGUGGCUCUAAAGCGAGUGCGCUUGGAUGAUGACGAUGAGGGUGUCCCGAGCUCCGCGUUGCGAGAGAUUUGCUUAUUGAAGGAACUGAAACACAAGAAUAUUGUGAGGCUCCACGAUGUCCUGCACAGUGAUAAGAAGCUGACUCUGGUGUUUGAAUACUGCGAUCAGGAUUUGAAGAAGUAUUUUGACAGCUGCAAUGGGGACCUGGACCCAGAGAUUGUUAAGUCCUUUAUGUACCAACUGCUCAAGGGUUUGGCGUUCUGUCACAGCCGUAACGUGCUUCACAGGGACCUGAAACCACAGAAUCUGCUAAUUAACCGGAAUGGUGAGCUGAAGCUUGCAGACUUUGGCCUGGCCCGAGCGUUCGGUAUCCCAGUGCGGUGUUACUCAGCAGAGGUGGUGACUCUUUGGUAUCGCCCUCCUGAUGUUCUGUUUGGUGCCAAACUUUAUUCUACGUCUAUAGACAUGUGGUCAGCAGGCUGUAUUUUCGCAGAGCUGGCUAACGCGGGGAGACCACUAUUUCCUGGAAACGACGUUGACGACCAGCUGAAACGCAUUUUCCGGUUGCUUGGAACGCCAACUGAAGAGCAGUGGCCGGCUAUGACCAAACUACCAGACUAUAAGCCAUAUCCCAUGUAUCCGGCUACCACGUCAUUAGUGAAUGUUGUCCCCAAGCUCAAUGCUACUGGCAGGGACUUACUGCAGAAUUUAUUGAAAUGUAACCCAGUUCAAAGGAUUUCGGCUGACGAGGCUUUGCAGCACCCAUACUUUGCAGAUUUCUGUCCUCCUUAAUGUCUACUCCAUCCCGCUCAGAUAAUGAUGCCCCCCACUCCAUGUUCCUUACCUGACUCGUCUUGUCUGGCAUUGCAUGAUGUUUAAUGGGACGGCAUCCUGAUGUUCUGAGUUACAGUAAAGGAACCUUCAACACAGCCCCUGGGUGACCAGAUUUCCUAAACUCCAGGCGCUGUUUGCUCGUUGGCUGACCGUACUGCAUCCUGCAUCUUCAGCCUUACCGCAAAAUGUCAUUACUUGAUGAACUUUCAUUCGAAAAUACUGCAAGAAGCAGAUCUCCCUGCCCCACCCCCCUUCACUCUUAUUUAUUUUGGGACGUUUCCCUGCGCUGUGGGACCCUCACUGUUGUAUAUUUUAAUGUAAAUUUUUGGGGAGCUAGUUUUUCUCCCUGUAAAUGUAUAUGCAGUUUUUUGAGAAUUAGAACUGUGAAUUAUUUUACUGGCCCCUUGAAACGCUGUAUACAUUAGCAGUACACAUUCCAUCUACCAAAUGCUGACCAUGAAACAUACAACGUGUACAGAAUAAGUGGAAUAAAACAUUUGGAGAAUG